AUUCGGUUCGGUUAACUGAAUAUCAAACCGAAAUACAAGUUCCGAUAAACUCCAUGACUUUAAAACUGUAAUACGAUCAGAAAAACAGGAGUGAUGCAGAAGAGAAGAUGGUAUAUCUUAAUCUGUGUAGGCAACAGGUUUGCCUCAAUCCCUGCAAAUCACCAUUUCUAUGUGUGGGGAUUAAGUUUUAACAAUGGUCCCAUUUUGAGACAAACAGUACAACCCAUUUUGAGACAAACAGUACAACUAAAGAUGUAUUAUUCAUUAAAAAUGUAAAGUGUAAAUAAAUCUCUAGAAUAUACCAGAAAGCUCUGCAGUCUAUUCUUGCAAAACCUUGAAAUGAUCUUGUGGAGCGUUUGGUUCAUGGUUAAUGAGUCCGGUUGACGGGAAGCGAAACCUUGUGUACUCUAUCUGUAUACUAUAAUUUUUGUAAGGACCACUAAUAUAAUUUGAUGAUAAAUAGACAAGGUUACCCUAGCAGUCAUUACAUAUGCAAGAUUCCAGAUGACCUUUGGCAUUGAUUAUAAACUCAAUGAUUUAUCUGUUAUAGAUUCCUAUAUUAUUUCUUAAACUACUGGUUAAGUGUUAAUAUAACCAAAGACCCAACCUUUAAAUGCCAUGUAAUUAUAUUCUCCAACUAGAGAUUGUUUUCUAGCUAUAAUCUAAUGUGUACUUAUCUUCUUAAUCAUGUAUUCUGAACAUAGUUGUUCAUAGAAAUACUCUUGAAUAUUUUAACUGUCACUUUCUCUGUAUUUCAUAUUUAGUUUACUAAUCAGUUCAGCUUUAGAACCAAUGUCCUAGGUUCCCAGCUUGAAAUUUGCAUUGCAACAACCAGCUCUUGUGCCUUUUCAAAUUCAUAUAAAGUCCAUAUGAAUGCAAUAUCUACAUGUAAGCAAUUCAAGGUUAGGGCUUUCGUCGUAUAAUCUUCUUAAUUAGCAUUAUAGGAUAUAGCAAUGUCUAAAGAAGAUGUGAGAAGGCCUGCCAGGAAAGAGAGCAGUUGUUUGAAAGAAAAAGAUGAUCAGAAGCCGAACUACAACUUGUUAUCCAAACACCUGAAGAAAGUGUAUCCAGACAAGGUUUAUAAUGCGAGUACAUCACCUCUAUCUUUGUCGUCUCUGUCACUGUCUUUGUCUCAGAACUCAAGCGAUUCCACAGAUUCUUCUCCAACCCUGAAUCAGAAAAUUGCUGCUGCAGUCCGCCUGAUUGCUCCACGUGAAAAAAGAGAGCUUCCAACUGUGGCUAGAUACAUGCAAAAUCUUAGUCCAGGUCACAAUACCGGUGAUUGUGAAGGCUUGAACAGGUGUAAUUGGAUUACAGCAAAUAGCGACAGAGUCUACGUACAAUUUCAUGAUGAGCGCUGGGGACUUCCAGAAUACGAUGACAAUAAACUAUUUGAACUUCUUGCAAUGUCUGGUAUGCUAAUGGACUUCAACUGGACUGAAAUUCUAAGGAGAAAAGAACUAUUCAGAGAAGCUUUCGCGGGAUUUGAUCCACAAACUGUUGCCAGAAUGGGGGAGAAGGAGAUCAUGGAAAUUUCCACCAACAAAGCCAUUAUGUUAGCAGAGAGCAGAGUCAGAUGCAUUAUAGACAAUGCCAAAUGCAUACAAAGGAUUGAUACAGAGUACGGAUCUUUCGGUGGCUAUCUCUGGGGAUACAUGGACUACAAACCAGUGAUCAACAGAUUCAGAUAUGCAAGAAAUGUGCCUCUGAGGUCACCGAAGGCGGAAGCCAUUAGCAAGGACUUAGUGAAGAGAGGGUUUCGGUUUGUUGGACCUGUGAUUGUGUACUCAUUCAUGCAAGCUGCAGGGAUGAGCAUUGAUCAUCUUGUUGAUUGCUUUAGGUUUCAAGAUUGUGUGAGCCAUGCUGAAAGACCAUGGAGACAUGUCUAACAGGACAAGUACCAAGGACUUGCUAAGUUUAUCGUUGAAUCCAUUUUUUAUUUGCGUCUAAUGCUACUAUAGGAACUAAGAAGCUUGGAUUGUGCAGCAAAAUGGUUUGGGUGGCAAAUAUUUCACCCAAAAAAGUUAGGAUUUUCGACAUUUCAGAUUUUGACUUAUAAAUGAUUUAUAAAUGAAAAGCUUACUUAUAAA